CCAUCAUAGAAUACCGUCCAAACAAGCCCUGUCAAAUGACACAAACAUUAUCCAAGGAAAAAAGGUGUGGCGCGCGAAUAGGCUUAUCAACAUGGAGCAUAGAACAAAAUCAGCUGAGACAGAGGACUAGAGCUUGGAAUCACCAUGGCAGCCCUAAGCUGCCAUUUUCAUUUCACAGUUCAUAAAGUUUCUAAGAAUGUGAUAACCAGGCCGUUUAUCUCCUGCUCAAUGCAACCUUCUCAGAGUAAUAUUAAGGUAGUUAUCAAUGGAGCAGCAAAGGAAAUAGGAAGGGCAGCAGUAAUUGCAGUAACUAAGGCAAGAGGAAUGGAGGUGGCAGGUGCUGUAGAUUCCCAUUUUGUUGGAGAAGAUAUUGGAAAGCUUUGUGACAUGGAAGAGCCUCUUGAAAUACCAAUAAUAAAUGAUCUUACUAUGGUAUUAGGUUCCAUAUCUCAGUCAAAAGAAACAGGAGUAGUAGUGGAUUUUACUGAUCCUUCCACAGUUUAUGACAAUGUGAAGCAGGCAACAGCAUUUGGCAUGAGAAGUGUGGUGUAUGUUCCUCGGAUUAAACUCGACUCGGUUGGAGCAUUAUCUGCAUUCUGUGACAAAGCCAGCAUGGGUUGUCUGAUUGCACCAACUCUGUCCAUUGGUUCUAUACUCCUUCAGCAAGCUGCCAUUACAGCUUCCUUUCAUUACAACAACGCAGAAAUUGUUGAAUCAAAAGCAAAUCCAAUAGAUUUUCCGUCAAUGGAUGCUAUUCAGAUUUCAAAGAACCUCUCUAACCUGGGUCAGAUUUACAACAGAGAAGAUAUAUCUACUGAUGUUGUGGCAAGAGGCCAAGUUAUAGGAGAGGAUGGUGUUAGGGUACAUAGCAUGGUCCUACCAGGGCUUCCCUCUAGUACAACUGUUUACUUCUCUGGCCCAGGAGAGGUUUACUCUAUCAAACAUGAUAUCACUGAUGUGCAAUCCCUCAUGCCUGGCCUGCUCUUGGCUAUCAGAAAGGUCAUCCGACUUAAGGGGUGAUUGGCCACCUCAGAAUUACGAAGAUGUAAUCGCCAGGAAAGUUCAAGGGAAAUUCGCUCACUGUUUUUAACCUCAACGGAAAAUCCUCCUCCCCGUUGGUCCAUUCUGGAGAUGCUGCAAACUAUACUGCUGGGAUUGAUCCUGAACUUGCAGCCUGGUGCUUUCCUGGAACUGUAGCCUCUUACAUAACCGGAGUAGUGGUCAUGUGCGAUUGUCCAUACCACAAUUGCCUUCGUGGAAGGGUCAGUGGGAGUUAUAAUGCCCGUGUCCAUUGACGUAUCUGUACCCUUUCCCUGUUCUCUUUCUCUAAUCAGCCCCGAGGACUGCUCUCAGCUACUGUACCACAUGAGAUCCACACGGUACCUUGAAAUGUUAAAGUACUAAACUGGUUUGCAUCAGGAACUCUAUGGAUAUCUCUGAAUAAAGCUAGCAUAUUUAUUGUGAUAAA